AUGUCAGCAGUGAGCGAUAAGAUUAAGACUUUCAUUCAGGAUGGUACGCGAGAUAUCAAGAAGGCGGCCACGGACCUUGGCACGGAUAUCCAUUCGCCUUUACCUGCAGACUUAGUUUCAGAAGUUACAAAAGCUACAAAUAUCUUGCACUUGUUUACAGACUCCGGAAAAAAUGAGGGUGCCUUGGAUCAAGUAAUUCCAAAGGAUGUCUUUAACAAAGCCUUGGGUUUGGCCAUCUUUACCGUAAUUAAAGCUGGAUUCUUUUGGUCCGGACGCGUUGGGUCUGGCUUAGUCGUCGCCAAACUCGAUGACGGAACUUGGUCUCCACCGUCAUGCAUUAACAUCGGGGGUGUAGGAUUUGGUCCACAGAUAGGUGCCGAUGUUACAGAUUUCAUAAUUAUUCUAAAUACAAAAGAAGCAGUCAAAGCUUUCUGUCACGGUGAAAACCUAACAUUGGGUGGAAGCUUAUCUGUAACUGCUGGACCUGUCGCUAUUGGAGGAGAAGUUUCGGGAAGUGUUUAUGAAGCAGCUGCCCUCUACUCUUACAGUAAAUCAAAGGGUCUCUUUGCUGGUGUGUCACUCGAAGGCACCAUCAUUAUUGAACGCAAAGAUGCCAACAAAUUGUUUUACGGAAAUCCAGUCUCGGCCGAGGAUAUUUUGAGUGGCAAAGUGGAAAGACCACAAGGUUCUAUUGAUUCGUUAUAUGAAGCAAUCAAAGCCGCAGAACACAGAGAACAGAAAGAGUAG